AUGAUUCCCUCGGCAACGCCUCCGCUAUGGCAGCCGGGAAACGAUCCGAACGCGCGCGACGGCCCAGGCCGCGCGCCGUUGCAUGUCGUGUGCCGGCGGAAGCCCCUUCACCCGGCGGACAUUGCGCACAUCUGCGCGCUCCUCGCGGCGGGUGCGGAUCCGGACCUGCCGGAGGGGUUUGGGCGGUCGGCGCUGUGCCUGGUGUGCAUGGAGUCGGGGAGCAGCGACGCGGCGGCGCUGCUGCUGGAGGCGGGUGCUGACGCGAACCGCAAGGACCACCUGGGCAGGUCGCCAUUGCAUUGGUGUGCGGAUCGCGGGUGGGUGCGCACAGCUGAGCUGCUGCUGAAGCAUGGCGGGGACAUCAACAUCCAAACGCAUUCUGGUGACACGCCCCUUCACUGGGCAGCGAAGGCAGGCAGAAGCCUGGUGGUUGAGCUGCUUGUCGUCGCUGGUUGCGCACUAAACAUCACCAAUAACCGCGGCCAGACGGCCCUGCACGCUGCAGCAGACAUGCACAUCCUCUCCUUCCUCUCAGGCAUCGUGAACAAGCAGGAGCCGCAUGGGGAGUCUGAAGGAGCAUCCAGAGUGGUUGAGAAUGAUGGCAAGGACGGAUGUAGUCAGGACCAACUGCAAACGAGGCAUAGCAGGCAAGUGAGGGAGCAGCAGUCAGGCGCAGGAGGCGCAUACAGGAUCACUUCCUCUGCCUCUCAUCCAUCCAAGCCUGACUGGGUGCAGCUGGCUCAUUCCUGCCCUCCCAUGCCCAUCCGCCCCCCACCGACUUCAAGCAGUGCCGACAGCCCACGUGCCCCAUCAGGGGAUGGUAUGGUGGGCAGUGCCGCAGUGGGGAUAGGACUGCUGGCAGAAAAGGAGAAGCAGCACACUGGGGGGUCGGCAAGGGGAGUUGAAGACAGCUUAACAGAAGCCGGAACCAGUCAGUCGUCUGCACUGGCUCAAUUACAUGCGGUUGAUAUGCAAUCACGGCCUGUUGCAUUUUCUGCAUAUCGCAAGAAGCGGAGUGUGGAGGAGGGUGUGGCAGAGAAGGGAAAGCGGAUCAAGAUCAACUUGCGAAGCAAGGAGCCGCGCAAUAGCGGCUGCGAGUGA